AAGAAAAAAAAAAACCAAAAAUAAGCAUGUCAAUCCCUUCUAUAUUUGGCAAUCUGACCCUCCUGUUACCCAAGUCAACGCUUAGCAGGUCGCCUAAUUCUCAGAUUCAGCUGCCCCAAUUACGCACUGGUUAAGGUGGCGGCGGCGGGCUGCUCAUAGAGUGCUCUUCAAGGCCGCGGAAGAAGGCAACUGCUCAUCGCCUUAAGACUAGGCCAAGAAAGACUCGGCGAUGGGAUAUGAGGCGCAAACCCGCUGUUUAUUCAUCUCUAUUUUCUCUUCCGACUGAUUUGACUCCCGUUUCCUCUUAUGAUGUCGAUGGUGAUGGUGGUUUUGCUACUGAGGCUGCUUUGCCUUCUGCUCCUUCCUUACAGGCGCCAAUUGCAAGUGGGUAGUUGGUUGUUUGUUGUUUUAUCAUGUUUUUCGCUUCUAUUCGAGAUUUUGAGUUGGAUAUUUUCAUUUUAUGUGCUUCUAAUUCUAUAUUUUUAUCGUUAAAAUUGAUUUGUUUAUGUAUUGAUGUCGAGCUUUUGUUUAUGCCCA